AUGGAUCUUAUGAACAGAGUGUUUAAGCUGUAUCUCGAUCUCUUCAUGAUUGUCUUCAUCGAUGAUAUUUUAGUAUACUCCCGCAGUGAGUCAGAUCAUGCUCAACACCUCAGAGUAAUAUUGCAGACACUUAAAGACCGUGAGCUAUUCGCAAAAUUUUCCAAGUGUGAAUUUUUGCUCAAGUCCGUGGCAUUCUUAGGCCAUGAUAUUUCUGGAGAGGGUAUUCAAGUUGAUAACACUAAGAUUGAGGCUGCCAAGAGUUGGCCCAGACCUAUCUCUGUUUCAGAUAUUCAUAAUUCCUUGGGUCUGGUUGGUUACUACAAGCGUUUCGUAGACGGAUUUUCCUCCAUCUCAGCUCCGUUGACUAGAUUGACUCAGAAAAAGUCUAAGUUUCGGUGGUCCGAUGCUUGUGAGCGCAAUUUUGAGGAGUUGAAAACAAGGUUGACUUCACCUCCGAUUUUGACCUUGCCGGAAGGGACCAAGAGUCGGCGUUCCAUGGGAAGUUUAUCUCAUGUUGAUGCAGAUAAGAAAAUUCUGACCAAGGAAGUCCACCGUUUGGCCAGUCUUGGGGUUCGACUAUUGGACUCCGAGGAUGGCAGUGUGGUUGUUCAAAAUAGAGCCCUUUCCUCCUUAGUCGUUGAGGUUAAAGAGAAGAAGUAUAAAGAUCCCUACUUGCUGUAG